AUGGCCAUCUCUAGUCAGAGAUCACUGAGGUUCAAUGCCUUUGUGAGUCGGAAAAUGGAUCACUGUCCAACAGUCAUGCGGUGGGACGGUGCUGCAAGAUCGUGCUCAGAAUGGGACAACAUCCGCCGAGACCCUGAACUGUGGUUUCGAAAUGGCAAUUGUAUGGUGCACCUGCAAGGAAAAGGCCAAUCUAAACGAGGCCCUUCAUUCAAAGUCCCCUUCUCAGCACUACUCGACGCCCAAUGUUACCCCCUCAUUCAAAGAUUCCUCGUAUGGGAUGGGAUUCAGACGCCUAACCUUCGGGAACUCACAAGAUGGAGUCGGAAGAACCCUACACGCAAGAUCGACCUAUACAUUCCACCGCCUCCGACAUCAGAUAAGACUCAGGCAUUCAACUACCACUUGGCAACACGCAAUUUCUUCGCAUGGGUGUUUCGCAGAUCAAUGGUCGGAUGCAGCCUUGGUAGUGCCAUCAUCGGCCUUCUUCACAGCUUGCACGAAUUCCGCUCCGGCGUCAACGACAAUGUCGCAGAUAUGAUGGACUACUUUGACGAGGAGGGAUAUCUCGACAUGGCCAACCAGCCCAAUCACGCACUUGCUAUGCUGCAUCUGGCCGAGUUCUUUCAGAUGCGCGAGCUGUAUAUCCGGGCUUUUGCUCAUUGCGUAGGCAUGAGCGAAUACUUGCUGGACAGCCCUGGGUUCGAGGAACUUGGUACCACCACACGCAAACUCCUCCGAAAAUGUCAUAUUGAACUGGAUUGUCGAAUGACGCGCUCUUCAGCUAUGCUGAGGACGUUCCUCGAUGAUGAGUUGUCAGAGGCUCAUCUGAGUGUGGCAGCGGGCGCUAGAUCACAUCUCGAGCGUUUCCGAAGCUUUCUACUAUCAUUUUAUGCGACUAAACUGGGAUACUACCCUCCUAACGCCUCUAACCGUCAUAACGACUUAUUUGAUCCAGCUGUUCUUAGAAUUAUGCGCGAGGACUUUGAGGCUCUUUACGAUCUUUUGGUUGAUGACCGGUAUACCUCAUUUAACACCAUGCCACCUACGGCACAUGGUGGGAUUUGCACUAUUCAAUUAGUACAGUCCUUCGACCUGGAGCAUAACUAUGAAACUCUUCAACACCCCCUACCGUUAAUCCCAGAGACUGGAGGUAGUAGAUCCCGUCGAAUGACUUGGCUCUCUGAACGCGUCACUCUUAGAUCAGAUCGCAGAGUGACGGCGCAUGCAGCGCUGAUCAACGCCUCUAAUAUCGCAAAGCCAGGCGUGGCUCAAAACGACCUCGUGCGAGCGUAUCGACGGUUCGAGGAAGAUUCUAUCAUGUCGCCCAACAAGGCGGAUAAGCAGGAUAAGGUGUCGCUGGUGGAUGCUCGCAAGGUCCGAUGGAUUCUCAUCUAUGCGACGUAUCAAGUGCUCCGCUAUGCCACAGAUUUGGCGCCCGAGUUGGAGGAGGAGGAGAUUAACGAUGCUCACUACAGCCUCUCGACACUAACUGAGAAGCUUCCUCCUUGGGAUACACCACGUGAGUUGAAUCAUGUGCUGAAACGCCAGACGCAGUUUGUUGCAUCUGGUAUGGACUGGAGUGUGUAUGCCAAAGAUGACACAACUUUAAGAGAAGAUUCUUUUGGAAGAAUUGAGAUCAAACCAGACAUCGAUUACUUUGCACUCACUCAUCAAAACCGCCCUAAAACACAACAAGACAACCACAAAAGGGAGCGCCGAGCAUCUAUGCUAGCGCAACCAUCCCGCUCAAACUCAUUCUCUCAAGCCCUAAGCCGCUCCUCGACUAUUCGACGCUCCAUGGCCAUGUUUAAAUCACCAAGCAGCACACCACCGCAAUCCAUCACACCACCAUCUCGACCGCCCUACCAUGAGAUUGUUGUCCUCGGUUACGGAAACGGAACCAACGACGUGAGUCUUGAAACAGACUCGAGCGACUCCAAGACGGACGACCCUGGUGUAGCAUCCCCCGAGAGCAUAGAGACCAUCGACGAUUCUCUCGAAUCACCCCCCGACACUCCCCCACUGGUGGAAUACUACGUUGAGCCCGCAGUUCCUGAGGAUGUGAAAGCACUCCGCGAGCGACGUCGUAACGUCGUGUCCAUGAUGGCGCGCUCAAUGUCUGGCCGGGUCUCGAAGCGUGGAGGACGACCCAUCAGCGCCAUGUUCUCAGACAGCUCGGAGACCAGACGGCACAGUAUGUUCCCGCAGCCGCUGCGGGUGAAAACAGACAUGAACGAGCCGUACAUCAUGAACGAUGACGCGGACUGGGCGGCUAUGCAGACGUUUAUGGAGAGUCCUGGGGAGAUGAGCGAGACGGACGAUGAUACGAUGCCGGCGUGGGAGCAGUAUGCUGACUUGGGAGGAUUGACGGAUAUGAGGUGA